AUGCCGUUGUUGCCAAAUUUUCGCCCCAAGCAUCAGAAGCUCAUUCUCCAAUGCUAUCCUUCCAAGAAGCUGCCGCUCAAUGAGACAAAACCGAACAAUGCGGAGCUCAGCUAUCUUUUGUACUAUGCCUCGACAAGAAGAACUAAGCUGGAAAAAGUGGCCAUCUUUCUCAACAAGAAGACCAAAUUGGACGUGUCUCAUAAUCGCAUUGGUCAUAUUAAGGUGACUUUGUUCAUUUUACAGGAACUCAUCACCAAAUGUUCCGACGACUUGGGGAUUAUGGCAAGUCAUAUAAUUGACAUAUUAUCCCAAGUUGUUCGAAUUAAAGAUCUGUCUACAUGCGAGCUAGGACUAUUAAUCUUUAGCAACUUUUGCAAUAAAAUCCAGCAGAACCAGAAGCAGAUUUUGUCGAGUAGCGUGGAUUUGCUGAGGAACUUUUUGCGUCUCGUUUCCAACUUUAUUAGCCUCGGAGCUAACUCGCGCGAUUACGAAUGGUCCAAAAUAUCUUUGGACUCGACUACGGUCGUAUCUAAAUACAUUGACCCCAAUGUCAGCAACUUUGAAAACGCCAAGCUCAUUGAAAAAUCUAUCAUUGUGAUUCUAGACAAAACGGACAAGGGAGAUAAUUCUUUGCGGUUGAUGAAAACCUUGACGGGCCCCGACAACCGGGACGAAAAAAAAUCUAUAGAAGAGCUUGCAAUUAAUGCUUUGAAAUCAUUUUUCGACACCAAUUCCAAGAAGCAAGUGGACCUGACCACAAAGGCGCUCGUCAAAUACAUAACUGAACAUCCCAGAGAAGUCAGCUGGUUCAAUAGACUCAUUGAAGCGUGCGCCAAAAAAACCCAUAUCGAGCUCAGAUACAGAAUCGUUUCCAUGUUCAUUUUGGAUCUGAACACGAGCAAAGAUCCAGCGCAGAGAGAAACCAUUGCAUAUUUGAUAUCAAAUCUCCUUUCAUCGGAGGACGUCAACAUGGUUGGAUUGCCGGUGAAGGAAAUACUGAGCGAUAUUUUAAGAUUUCAAAGAGAAGCUGUGAUUUCCAAACAUCCCACCUCACUCAACAAUGGAUACAUUGAGAUCGUUCGAAGUUUAGGAACUCACAUCUAUUACAAUGACCAGAUAAAUGACAUGUUGGAGGAGGUCCAGAAAAUCUACUACCAGAUUAUGAAUACGAGUGAAAGUUUUACUCAGGCGUCCGAAUUUGUGGAGAUCUCGGAUAUCUUUAUCUCUAAUAUCGAAGGAAUCUUUCAGAGUGUGCAUGGAGACAGUCUUAUUGAUUAUAAAAGAUCUCCAUAUCGUAUCAGCAUAUUCAAUUUCUUGUUUUACACAAUAGAUUUCAAGAAUGUUCCAUCUUUUGUUAGUGCGGAAGCAAAGGUGGGGGUUCAGGUGAAGUGGUUUCAGCUGAUUGAUAAGUUCUACUCGUUUGAGGCCGACUCAAAACUGUUUUCUAGACCAAACUAUGAAAGCUGCAUUAGCAACAAAACGGACAAUGCUCUGCUGCUACUAUUAAAUUUAAUUGGAACCAUUGCAACCAAUUCGACUGUUGAUCUAAACGCUCAAAUCUACAAAACACUUAUACAGUUGGUACACACAAUGAAAACAAACUUCGUGGUCAACUACCUCAACUUUAUUUCGGAGUGGUUCGCUUCCCCUGAGGACUUCAAAUUCUCGCUCAACUGGUUGAUAAUUUCUGAAAUUGCUAGAGUGUAUAAUUUGCAAGAGCUGUCACAGACUGCUGCCUCCAAAACACAUGCCUUGGUUGCGGCGGGACUGUGGUACAAAGAGUUUCCAGCCAUCACCCAGGACGACACGUCCGUCAACGAGACAAGUUUUGGCCUCUCAUCGCGAGAGCUGAUUGCUCAGCUUAUUGCAAAUCCAGAGCUCAAGACGUGGCUUUAUGCAGCCGGAUACGAGGAAGCUAGCCCCGAGAAAUCGCCUGUCGUCAUCAGAACGCCUCCCAAAAUGCUCCUUAGCCAAAACACCACCGCUACAGACUCGAUUCUUAACCAUUCCUCCUCGUCAAUAGUUCUUCCAUACGAUUCUCUGCCUCGUUCAGCUGCGGGAUCUGCUGGCAACGGUUCGCUCUUCCACUACUCCACUGCUCGCUCCAACACGUCGUCCAAAAUGAAUUUGAACUCAACCCAUCUUAGAGACUUGCGCUCAAUCAUUUCUGGCAACAGUGCUAGCCCGUCAAGUAGAGAGAGCUUGUACAAAUACAGCAUAACCAAGACAUCGGCUCCCAACUUAGGACAAAAGAAAAGUGGUCUUGCAUAUUGCAUCAGCGACUUAGACCUUAGCGACGACUCAGACAACGAGUAUGCAGACGCUCAAACGGUCCAAAACGGAAACGGCCCGCUCACUGCAUAA